AAGUUCUGUCACAUGCUGCAGUGUUCUGACUCGGAAGCUAGAUCUUGAGCUGUGCGUGCACUAGUUAUCUGCAAAUUUUCAAGCUGGAGUCGACGGCAUCUUACACGCGUGUUACCAGCGUGCGCGCGCUAUUACUCUUUCUCAUGAAUGACCGAUGAUCAAUCAGGCCGGAAGCGAGCCCAACCUAGAACCGAUCUCCACGAGGAUCACAAACCUUCUACAGAGCUUUCGGACGAAUUAAACUGUACCCCGUACCCUCAAUUCAUUCUCAGUGACCCAUUUGUUUGACUACCAUCGCGUUCGUUGGUGCCAGCUCGAAACCAAUAUCAAGAUCAUGGCACACCCCCUCAUAUGGAGAGGAAAGACGUUCUUCUAUCCUAUUGGCAAUACAUCUGCAGUUUGCCUCACACAAGAUCUUUGUCCAACUGAAAAAGCAGACGUACUACUUCUUGGAUGCGGCGACCCGAGGCAUAUCCUUUACACAGUACAUACAAACAGUACUGACUCGCUGCAAGCGUCACGAAAACUGGACUUCACUUGCUGCGAUCUUGAGAGUGCAGUCAUCGCCCGUAAUGUUAUCUUGUUCACCCUUCUUGCCGACGAAGGUGCUGUGAAGAGAGUGCCCCAAAUCUGGAACAUUUUUUUCCACUUUUUCCUCGACAAAGCCUCCCAUGACCUGCUCAUAUCACACUGCAAGAAGUUGGUGGAGCUAUCCAACGAUCUCGAUAGCUGGCACAACGGCCCUUAUGGUCGUUUCCUUCGUAUGUGUACUGGAGAUACUCUCGCCGAGUUGCGGCGCCUUUGGCAGCUCUACGUCAAGACGACGACUUGCUCUCCUAGCGAGGCAAAAGCAUUUGAAUCCGCAUAUGCUGCUGACGUCAAGGCUUCUAAGGCGAAGUUCGAAUCCGUGUUGACAGCAAGUCGGGCAGCCGGGCCGCUGUCGAUGUAUGCGCUCAAGACGGCGGGUAAUCACUACAACAUUUAUUGGGAUACAGGCAUAUGCUCUGCCGUCCCUAAGAGACCCUCGGAGGUGUCACAUCCAAAUCCGACAUUGGCCUUCUCCAUGGUCGGGGACAAAUUUGCUGUCCACUAUGGAACGGAUCCUCUCUCUUGCUUUCAUUUGGCAGAAGCGCUUGCGCCAGCUGUCGGAAGCACUCGCCACCCAGACCAAUGCACUCUGAAAGACAUGGUAAAUGUCUGCAAGACGCAAUUUUCUAGGUGGUGUGCUUCCGUGUCCAAAGUUUUGGGCAGUCAAAAUCCGUCUUCUCCGAUCCCGCUCAUCAUACGUUACUGUGUGGGAGAUGCUCUGAGCUUGUGUCAAGCUCUUUACUACUCCCGCACCGCGAAAUCGACAUCCACGCCAUUCCUCAUUGCUCCUUGGAAGACCUCUUGUAUCACUUUUGAUCCUAAUGCCUACGGAACUAGCACGCAGUCACCCGCGCCGACCACAUUCAACGUCAUCGAUACUUCCAACCUUCUUGAUCACGUCGGCGUGUUGAAUAUUGUCCCUGUUACUUCUGUCAUUCUUCAGCGAACUCCAUCAGCUACGUUGUACACGGAAGGUCUCGCUUCGGGCAGCCCAGAAGACACGUUGGCCGAACAUUUUUGUGGAGAUAUUGCGACUAUGGGUCUGCUGCUCGGCUUGAUCCCCACGUGCUUCGUAUCGCAAUUCACCAAUCGAUCAAACUUGCAUGAGCACAUUGUUCGUUUAUCGCCAAAUGCAAUCCAGAAUCACGAGCGUCUUGUCUGGAGACUGAUCGGCGGUGCUGAAAAACUCCUGACUGAUCUCGACUGUCCCAUUGGCAUCGCCGCGGAGCAGCUCGCAGGCGUUUUCUUCAAUAUAUAUCUCAACAUGUUUUCUCAUGAGAACGUGUUAGGAAGGUUGGCCACAAAAAAACUGCCUGGGAUCGUACAUUACCAUCGUCGUUCGUUUGUGGAGAUUUUGAGUGUUGUCAGGCGGAGGGUGAUCACAGACUGGGAUUCGACCAUGAACAUGCUUCACGGCAAGAUUCAAAAUGACAGGACCCUCUUGACCGGAAUGAACUCUUACCAAGAUCUCUGCUGCCAGCUGCACCUUCUUGGUGUUUUUGAUGUGGAUUGGCUGUCUCUACAAAAGGUGCAAGAGAUGCAUCGUGUCGAAAGACCCUUUGUCUUUCGUAAUUGGAAGGUGCUCCCGCAAACCCUCUGUGUCGUUCUGGUCGUUCCUCGGGAUCACCUCCAGCCGCUCUUACCCGAUAUUGACGAGACCGGAACACCUGUGUUGCAGUGUGGCCUGUGGGGCGUAGCAACCCAGAAUAUCUUCACUGCCAUCAACGCAGUUUUCGGUACCAUUACGACCAGCGGCCAAGGUGAUGGCAAAACUGCAGCUUUCAAAGAGGACGCCACUGGGCGUUAUGGAACUUCUCCUCUAGUGGUGUGGUUCUGGGUACCAUCUAUUGCGCUGGUGAAUGAGCGUCAUUUAUCGGUCGUAUUGGCUGUUCUCUCCACCCCAGCAACUUACACGCUCGCCGCGAAGCGGGGGCUCGACCUUUCCAUAUUCCGGGCAGACCUUGGAGAUGAGAGACUUGUACACAUUCUACGACAACAUCCUAAUGCUGUCCCAGAGAGUCCUGAGAAAAAUGCGCGAAUCAGCGGCUGUCCCAUGAAGACAUCUGGUGCAUGCACAUCUGUCACGUUAGACAAAGAAUGCAAGACACCUCUUUCAUUCACCACUCGUGUGGACAUCGUCGAACCGGAGAUGAAAGAUUCCCUGACUAGCGGUGCUACUCCCAUUGUGAACCAAGUUUCUAUGCAUUCAAUCGCCAUCGUUCUUGGAGACAAGGCUUUGCGAUUCCCUUUCCCACUUCCUAUUGAUGCCAAGAAAGCCAAGCUUCGCAUUGCACGAAAGUCACUAUACAUCGAAGUCAUCUUGCCCCUGAAACUUGUUCUUGGAGACACCGACUCAGACAUGUUCCCUGUCAUUCCGCACGGAGGCGAUCUUGCACUCUGGAACAUGCACCGCGUCAACCUCGAUCAAUGCAUACCUUUCAGCAUUGCUAAUGAGAAAGCUCUUGGCUGGGUCAACCCUCACGUCUCUCUCAUGAUGUCUGAUCGUGAAAGACGCAUCUCCAGCGGAGUGACUACAGGGUCAACGCUGCUUGACGUUAAGCGUUCACUUUAUUUCAUCUUUGGGCACGCAAGCGGUCUCGCAGAAGGCAAACCCCCUCUAUGCUACGCCUUGCAAGUGACAGAUGAAUCGGAGAUCUUUGUUAUGUUUUACAUCACAGAUCUCCGCUUAGACGUCGGCUCGCACACCAUAGUCGCUGAUGCUUGGGUGAUGCCAUCUUCUCCAUCGUUUGAGAAGUUCGAGGCUUUCAGCAAGGUUUCUAGUCAUUUGAGACUGAACAGCAAUAUGAAGAUGGUUGGAAUGGGUGUUGAGGAGAGGAAGGCUUGGAUGCACCUCCUCGUGGCUGCGACGGAGCGGUGCCGUACCUGGGAGCACAAGGCCAACUGCGAGUACCGCGUACAAGGCACCAUCCCUCUGACGUUGGAGCCAGGCGAGAGUCCUAUUUGCUCGUGCGGUGCCGGGGUAGGGACAGAAUCGUUUGUGAAGAAAUACCCGAUGCUUCGACCGCUUGCGCCGUGGGUGACGAGGGCAGUGAUCAGUCCUCUGUUCGCGCUGUCGUACCUUGAAAGGGUUGGCAAUCUGGAAGAUAUCAUCGCUUCAGGGACUCCACCGACGCCUACACCGGCAGCAGUGGUGCGUAAUGUGUGUGCCGCUUGUGGAAAGGAAGGUGGUGCUUCUGUGUCGUUGUUGACUUGUAGCCGGUGCAAGGUUGCGCGGUAUUGUUCACAGGGUUGUCAACGCGGGGACUGGAAGAGGCACAAGAAGAGUUGCGUAGUACCAUCUUCCUAAUCAUCCAUCACGAGUAGUUAUGAUGUGAAUUAUUUUGUGCUGUUAAUCUGCGAAUGGUGCUACGGCACGU